AUGUAUGAAAUCACUGAUCAUUAUGAAGAUGAUGAUGAUGAUGACAACAAUGACGAUGAUGCUAAUGAUGAUGAUGACGACGACGAUAAUGAUGACAACAACAAUGAUGAUGGUGGUGGUGGGCAAGAAAAGAGAAAGUUACAAUUCACCACUAGCCCUAAAAAUUCCAUUGCUGCUUGUUUGAAAGAUGGGAAGGUGUUGAGAAAGUUUUGGGGAGAUGAAGAUACUGACAGCACACUAGAACCUGAAGACAUUGAGGUUUUUCCUCCAGAUGCAGAUAAGUUUUUAGCUACUCCUUUAGAGAUAGGCAAGUUUACAAAACCUGGCAGGAAGUCUAGAAAACAUAAGAGUCCUAAUGAAAAAGGUUCUGGUGGCAUCACAAGUAGUGAGAACAUCCAAACUCGAUCUAAAAAGGGUGUAAUUAAAAGCAAUCUCAAAUAUGUUUGA